UAAUCUCAAGGAAGGAAGGGGUUUGGAAAACGGCGGAGGAACGGCAGGUCGUUUUGGAAAUGUUUCAAGUUGUCAAAUUUUCUUAAUGGAUUAACACUUAAUUAUUUCGGCAAUUGCUGUUAUACUCCUACUGCGAGCUUUUAUAGAUUUUUGCAGCAUUUUACACUAUCACUCUGUAAUUAAAUAUAAUUCAGAUAUGUAAAAAAUGAGUAGUCCCAGUAUAUGAACUUGGAUAAAUUUUAGCUAUACAAAUUCAAACUUUUUAUCGACGUUUUCUGUAUAUUAACGUCUUAAAGUUACAUUUUCUGUAGUGACUCCUGGCAAUAGCCGCCGAGGUGCAGCCCACGUGAUUAUCAGCAUAAAUCGUCUGGAAUAAUCUGCCCUGCUUUCAUGAUUACCUGCGGCCGUAAAACGUGCUGCUCGCAUUUAGUGGGUAACUGAUGCCGCUUCACGACGAGGAGGAUCUGGUGGAAAAUGUCGUCAGUUUGCGGGAUCAGCUGAGAAGAACCGAGAUCAGCCUGCAGACUUUGGGGAACCAGCUAAGCUGCACGGAGUACUCUGGGUGUCCGCAGCCUGAGCUGCCGGCUGCUUUGACGAUUGAGGAUCUCCAACAAGCCGAUGUUGCAAAGCCACCAUCUGGUGGCCCUAGUCCUGCGAGGAACUCUGUUACGAUGGCUAACUCGAGGGCAGCAUCUGCCAGAGAAAUGGAGUUGGAAAACUGCCAGCUCAAGAGACAGCAUCACAGCGUCCAAGAGAAGAACUCUGCCCUGGUGUUGGAAAACCAGCAGCUGGUCCAACAACUGGAGGCACUGCGGUCCGAACUUGCCAGCUCCAGAACCAAGAUUCAUCUUCUGGGCUCCACGGUUGGAUCAAAGACCUCCAGUUUAUCUGUAAUGAAGGAGCAGAUCCUUGACUUGAGUGCUGAGGUGGAGCAGCAUUCUAGUGCUUUUCGAGAGACAGAGCGGAAGUUGCAGGAGAGCCAGCGGGCUGUCGCCAUGGGCAACAGACAUGUGACAGAGCUGAAGGUGGAGCUGCGGGAGGUCAGAGCUGUCCUGGCAGAGAGAUCCGCCCAGGGACGACGGGCUGAGCAGCAGAGGAACUCGGCCCUUCACAACGCCGAGAAGCUGACCGCGGCCUUUGAGGAGUACAAAGCCAAAGCCGGCGAGAGACUGAGGAAGGUUCUGGAGGAGGAGGGGAAACUGAAGGAGAGCCUGGUCCGGUGUGACAAGGAGCGGGAGGAGCUGGAGAGCCGCUGUGGGGGGCUGCUGCAGGAGCAGGGGGUCCUGGAGCAGGAGAUCCGACAGCUGAGAGUGGAGCUGCAGAAGGAGCAGGAGGUGAGCAAGGAGGCGGAGGCGGCCCGCAGACUGCUGCAGGAGCGAGAGGCGGAGGCGGCCCGCAGACUGCUGCAGGAGCGAGAGGAGGCGACAGUGAGGCAGGUGGAGGCGCUGAAGCAGGAGAAUGCCGAGCUCCGCUCCGCCAGUUCCCAGCAGGAGCAGCGGCUGGCCCAAUGCCGGAGAGAGGCGGAGGAAAGCCGGGCCGAGCUGACGGGGCUGGAGGCCAUCCUGGGUUUGCUCCAUCUUCAGGAGGGUGGAGGUACACCAUGUGUGAAACCCUGCAUGCUGCCUGCCUGCUCCAUCCUGACUGGACCGGUUAGCCUCCUCAACCCAAAGCCAGGUGAUGGCUACCAGAAGCUGCUGUCCGCCCUACAGACCCUGGAGCAGGAGAAGGCCCGGCAGGCCGGUUUGGCGUCGGCCACGCAGGCCAAGCUGGACGAGGCUCAGCGGGAGAUCGCCGCCCUGCAGGACAGCAUGAGCCAGCGCGCGAGCCACUUUCAGCGCCUGCACAGCGAGAUGCUGGAAAAGGCUUCAGCGGCAGGUCGCCUGGAGAGGGAGCUAAAGAAGAAAGGUGAGCGACUGGACAAGAUGCAGGAUCAGCUGCAGGAGAAGAGCUCCGCCUACUCGCAGGCCGCCGUGAAGAUCGGCCACCUGGAGCAGAGCCUGCAGGAGCAGACCAGCCGCGCUGAGCAUCUCCGCUCCCUCCUGGACAGGAAACAGAGGGACUUCCAACAGCAACGGAAGAACUUGGAGAGCCAGGUCGAGCUGCUCUCUCUGGACCAGAAGCAGGCUGUAGUCCUGGAACUGGAGCGUGCAGCGGCCAGUGCACGGCAGGAGAGGCGAGACGCUCAGCAGAAGGCUCAGGCCCUCCAGCUCUCCCUGGAUCGGCUCUCCGAGGAGAAGGAGCAGGCGGCCAGGCGCACCGAGGACACCCUGCGGGCCUUCAGAGAGCAGGCAGCCCAGUCCUGUGCCGAGGUUAAGGGCCUGGAGGAGGCGCUGGCGGUGUGUAAGGAGGAGCUGAGCACUUACGUGCGGCAGAUGGAGGAGGCCAAGGAGCAGUUAGGGAAGCAGCUGGAGAAGAAGAAUUCCGAGGUGGUUGCCCUCCAUGCUCAGCUUGAGGACAGUGCCCUGGCUUCCCGGAGCUCCAGUGAGCACAAUGUGCAGCUCCAGUGCAGCCUGCAGCGGCAGCAGACCAUGCUGCAGGAGAGCGCCGCCCGUGUGGUGGAGCUGGAGGAGUGUCAGGCCCAGCUGGAGAGCCAGGUAGGGAGGCUGGAGCAAGAGUUGCUGAGAGAGCGGGCGGCUGGGGCCCAGCAGCUGCAGAGGAGUGAGCAGAUGGUGCAGGAGGCCACAGAGGAGGCUCUGAGGAAAGGACAGCAGGCUGCAGCUCUCUCCAUCUCUGUCACGCAGCUGACCGGCGAGAUGAGCACCUGUCGCAACGGGCUGAGCGAUCUGGAGACAGAGCUUCUGCAGCUGCGCAGGGAUAGUGGCAUCAAGGCCUCCCAGCUCAACCAGAUGGAGGAGACCCUGCAGGAGACUCAGGGCCAGCUGGAGAAGAAGUCUGAGAUGGUGGUGGACCUGGAGGAGAAGCUGCACCGCAGUGAGAUGGACCGGCGCAACUCGCUGCAGCGCACGCAGCUCCUGGAGACUCAGCUGCGGACGGUGCGCGGGGAGCUGGCCGACACACUGUGCCACCUGCAGGAGUUGCACACUGUGCUGCAGCGCACGCAGCUCGACGCUGAAGAGCGUGAGGCCGCCAUGGAGAGGCUGGCUGCUGAGCUCAGGGAUAGUCGGAAGGAGUUGGAGGAGCGAAGCCACGAGGUUCUGGACAUGGACGUGGCGCUGAAAGAGCGGCAGGGGGAGCUGAAGGAGAGGGCGCUGCAGCUCAGCCAGCUCGACGUAGCCAUCCGAGACCACAGGCUUGACAUGGAGAAAAAGGUCCUUCACCUGCAGGGGGCGCUAGAGAAAUCACAGGAGGUCGUAAUGGAGCGUGAAAAGCAGGUGGAGCUCCUCAGCAGGCGGCUAGACCUUGUGCGGAAACAGCUGCAGGACAAAGAGGAGCUGGAGAAGGAGCUGCAGGAGGCGCGGAGCUGCUGUGAGGCCCUGCAGAGGGAGCUGCAGGAGGCGCAAAGCCCCUUUGAGGGCCUGGAGAGGGAGCUGCAGGAGGCGCGGAGCCGCUGUGAGGCCCUGCAGAGGGAGGUGCAGGAGGCGCGGAGCCCCUUUGAGGGCCUGGAGAGGGAGCUGCAGGAGGCGCGGAGCCGCUGUGAGGCCCUGCAGAGGGAGGUGCAGGAGGCACGGAGCCCCUUUGAGGGCCUGGAGAGGGAGCUGCAGGAGGCGCGGAGCCGCUGUGAGGCCCUGCAGAGGGAGGUGGAAGACAGCGUCACCCUCGUGCACCAGAAGGAUGUCCAGGCCCGGCAGCUAGGCCAGGACCUGGCGGCAUCGCAGGCCCAUGCUUCGGAGCUGGAGACCCAGCUGGGGGCCGCCAUCACGCGCCUGGAGAAGGAGCUGGAGAUGCAGCGGGAGGAGCAUCGCACAGAGCUUUCCGCCGUGGAGCUGAGCCGCACGCAGCUCCUGAAGGUGUCCGAGCACAUCUCCAGCAGCCUGCGUCUGUCUCAGGAGCAGCUGGUGCAAAGGCUGCAGCAGGUCACGUCCUGCCUAGAGGAGGCUCGGGGAGCGCAGUCCCACCUGCAGGCCGAGCUGCAGGCUCGCGAGGACCUCCUCCGGGGAGCCAAUGAGGCCCUGCUCGUCAAGGAGUCGGAGGUCACGCGGCUGCAGACCAGGCUCUCCAGCUACGAGAGAACGGCCGAGCUGAAGAGCGCCUCCUUGCUCUGUGACUCUGUGCUCCAGCCGCCGUCGUCCUAUGACCACAAGGAGGCGCCAUGUCCUGGGUCCUGGGAGGACAGUGACUCCCUGGGGCUGCCGGAGAGCCUGAGGGACGCGCUGCACGGCACGCUGGAGCCCCUGGAGCAGAGCUGGCGGGGUCUGAGCCAGCGAGAGUCCUCCUGCUCUGAGCUCUCCUUCAACCCGCUGACCUACAUGGCCGAGGAGAACGAGGACGGCGCCAUCGACGUCUCUGGGCCGGGGUCUCCAGCAGAGCCCAACAUGGACACCUUCACCGGCAUGCUGAACUUCAUCAGCAGGCAGCUGGCCUUGCAGGGCGAGACUGACCCCAUCGUGGCUGAUCCCCCACCCAAGGCAUGAAGACCACACCACGCGGGAUGAGUUUUAUGAGAGAGCAGCAGCAUUUCCUCGGAUGCAAGAGCAUCUUCUGAGUCCCAAGGAGCUGGGAUCCAUCUGCAAUUAAGAGACAGUUGUGCCGUUGCCUGUCGGCCCACAAAGAUGCAUUACCCGCUGUCAUAUCAGUACUCGUCAGGGAUUAACUCUACAUCUAGGACUGAAAAUGUCUUCCUCCUGCUUAAACUUUUGAGGUAAUUUUUUUCUAGAGAAGGGAAAUGAGCUCCUGGUUUCGACCCACAAAUUGAAUUUGUCGUACUUAGUGAGCCGCUGGUGUUAAUUCAGGGCUAUUUACUGUGGGGUUGUGGGCUUGUGUCUAAGGCAGCUCCUGAAGCGUAUUGCGUGUGCAGGUCAGUGCGCCUUGGCUGACAUCAGCACAGCUGCUCGUCCCUGCAGGUUACCUUGGUUGCUGAUUAGCUGAGAUUAGCAUGAUAGCAGACAUUUCUCAGGUCCUAGUAAGAGGAGCGUAAAUGUACUGUUCACUUCUAUGCUUAUGUUUUACGUUGUGUAUAUGUAUAUAGUUAGACUUUUAAUAGACCUAAUUAAAUGAUUUAUUUGGUUUUUUU